AUGACAAUAGCUGUGUCACUGAUCAAGAAACUGUGCUCGUUAGAAAAUUUUAUACGAGAUUGCUUUUCUAACAGGCCGGCCGGAUGCAUACCUGGAGAAUUGCCCAAACUUACCCUGUUUACUAAGGAUCCUUGUCCACUCUGCGACGACGUUAAGGCAGAAUUAAAGCCGUACUUGAAUAGAGUCACCUUCGAAACUGUCGAUAUCACCAAGAAGGAAAAUCUUAGAUGGUUGAGAUUGUACAGGAACGACAUACCUGUGCUUUUUCUGAACGGGCAGUAUCUUUGCAAGCAUAGGUUAGAUGAGGAUUUAUUUUUACAGAGGUUGGAAUAUUUGGAAAGCAUAUAAUAAUGAUGAAGAUGGUGAAAAAAUGAACCAGAUGAGAUUCUCUGUCAUGAAAAAAUAUACAUUUCGCUGAAAAGCAUUCUGAAAAACAGUAUUCAAGGUUGAAACAAAACGAAGGUAGAUGCAGAGCAAGAAAGAUUAUUUCUUAUUCUAUUUGUAAGUCAUUAUUAGGACGUACAUUCAUGUUUAUAGGCAAAUAAAUUGAUUUUUUGUGAAUAAAGAUCUUCAAGUAAC